AUGGCACGUCUCGCUCUCGCCACGCUGCUGCUCGCGGCUGGCCAGGCUGCUACCGCCUGCAACCUGCUGUACGUGACCUCGUACGCGGGCACCAUCACGACGCUCAACACGAAGGCCACGUCGCCCAGCGGCGGAAAGUACCCGGCCAUCAAGGCCAUCGCCUCCAGCAACGGCUGCACGGCGAGCCCCUCGUGGCUGACGCUCGACCACGCGGACGCCCUGCUGUACUGCAUCGACGAGGGCCUCAACACCCCCGGCGGGUCUCUCUCCUCGUACAAAACCAACUCGGACGGCACCCUGAAGCAGCUCGGCAAGGUCACAACUGCUGGCGGCCCCGUAAGCGGUACCUUUUACGGCAACAAAGGUCACGGCUUCGCUAUGGCUCACUAUGGCGGUUCUACGUUUAGCACCUGGGACGUCAGCGACCCGGCCCAGAUCAAGAACGUCGAGAGCAUCAAGUUCACCGACGCCCAUGGCCCCAAGCCGGAGCAGAACGCGCCUCACCCGCACGAGGCCGUCCUCGACCCCACGCGCCAGUUCCUUGUCGUUCCGGAUCUCGGCACCGACCUCAUCCGCCUCUUCUCCUUUGACAACCAGACGCUCAAGACGACGGCCCUCGCGCCCGUCAAGGCCAAGGCCGGCAGCGGCCCGCGCCACGUCGCCUUUGCCGUCAAGGGCGCCAAGACGUUCAUGUACCUCAUCACCGAACUCGGCAACACCAUUGUCGGCUACGAGGUCACGUACGACAGCACCAUCCACCUCAAGGAGAUUUUCGACAUUGGCUCCCACGGCGCGGGCCGACCCGUCCCCGCCAACGCUGCUGCCUCUGAGAUUGUGGUUUCUCCUGACCACAAGUUCCUCGUCGCCUCGUCGCGUCGCGAAAACAGUUCCACCAUCGCCAGCUUCGACGACAAGACCAAGCAGAUUCCCUCCGACUCCAUCAUCAACUUUUCCAUUGACGACAGCACCGGCAAACUCAACUUUCUCCAGGACAUCCCCGCCGGCGGCCAAUUUCCCCGCCACUUCUCCAUGAACAAGGCUGGCACCAAGCUUGCCAUCGGCCUGCAGACCGACGGCCGCGUCGUCGUCAUGAAGCGCGAUCCCAAGUCUGGCAAGCUCGGCGACUUUGAGUCGUUUGCCAACGUGGAGGGCCAGAUUACUUCGGUCAUCUUUGACGAGUAG